CAGACAAUUGCUGAUAUAUAUAUACCACAGGUUCUCCUAUUUUGGUUCUCUGCCUAGUCUUUGAAUGUGAUGCUUUUUAUGUCCUCAACUCAUCGAAGUCGUUAUCGCUGCCUUAGGCCACAAAUAGUUAGCGUCAGAACGUUGGCCCAUCGCAGCGCAGCCUUUUCCCAAGCGGCCAAAUCCGGGUUUUGUAGAUAGAACCGAACAACAUCAGGAACUCAUCCUGACCCUCAAAACCUCCCUCUCCUCCUCUCUCUCACGCAGCGGCCCCUCAGCGCCUGGUAACACAUCAUGUUGCCUUCAUCUAUGCGCCGAGUCGUCUCCUCAGCCGUCUCCUCGACCCCUCAGACCGGUGUCAUUUCCGUCCUCGCCUCAGCCACUUCAAAGACCACUCCCGUCUUUGUUCGAAAUCAGCAGCGACGAUGUUCUUCUUCAAAACCUUCGAAAUCUGAUAACGGUGCCAACGAGAUCUCAGCUGGCCAGUCGGUGCCUGCUGCUACAUCACCCAAGUCUGGCAAUGAGAAGCGAAAGCGAAAGAGCAACAAGGAUGCUUCCGAUCGAGCGGCUUCUAUGAGAAAGUUGCCAAGCGUUCCCAACACGCAUCACAUGUCACAAGAAGCUCUGGGACUAUCAAGUUUCUUCUCACUACACAGGCCCAUCUCGGUUACUCAGACCAUGCCCCGAGCGGUUACCGAUGAGCACUUCGCCUCCAUCUUUGCCUCCCGAACCAGAAACAACAAGAUGGCCGAUACAGAUUCAACUCUCUCCAGCGCUAUCGAACAGUUGGAAGGGCCUAUGGCUCAGAUGACCAUUGGUGGACACGAGGGCCAGGAAGGAAUGCACAAGGUUGAUAUCAAGAACCCCGAUGGUACCGAGUCCAGCAUGUACCUCCAGAUCGACACCAUGUCAGGUGAAUUCCUGCCUUUCCGGCCUCCACCUCUGCCUCAACCCCAGGCUGCUGGUCAGGCAGAUAGUGCCGUUGCCGAUAUCGAAGCCGCCGAGGACGUUCCCCAACACCGGAUGUACAAGGCUCUUUUCACCAUCGAGGAGUCCAUCGAUCCGGAUGGCCAAGUCCGUAUCAUGGCCCACAGCCCUCAGAUUGUGCAGGACAACCAACCGCGAAGCUUCCUCGAGCGUCUGGCUCUUCGCCAGCUCAAGUUCAACGAGGCCCAGGGCCGCCGAGACAUGCACGCCAUCAGCGUGAAGCGACAACGAAAGCUCAGGAUGAAAAAGAAGAAGUAUAAGAAGCUUAUGAAGAGGACGCGAGUCCUGCGCCGCAAGUUGGAUCGAACUUAGACAUAUGUACAUAUUUCCCUGGUUGUUCGAGUCAUGUUCCUCUUUUUGAUCUCUCGCAUACGGGGCAUAUCGAAGGACAUUUUUCAUUCGUGGUGUCUGGGCAUUGGAGAAGAAGCUCUCUCACAUUGAGUUUGGACUGUGGCAUUGCGCUUUGAGACUUUUCUUAUGUUUCCAUAGACUCGCGCAGGUAACAAUCAUCGUUUUCAAAUGAGUUGAGAUAUCUUCCGUGGUGACCUCAGUCUCAGAUACGCGAAUCAUGUAUAAAUAGCUGUACAAUUCACCUGUUGGUCCUCAGACAUAAUUUGGGUUCAAGUGAAGUCGAUUUUGAUAUUAAAAGCUCAUGUGUUGUGACUGAUAGGUUAAGAAUAUGUAUGACUUAGUGUUGGUAAUGCAGUAAGAGUCUGUAGCGCAUAUCGAAAGCCUCCAA